AUGUUAUUCACCCAGCUCAUUGUCACGCUUUGCGUUGGCAUCGCUUUCGCUGCCGACGCGAACAGCGUAGUUGCCAUUAUCAAGAAUGUCCAAAUCAACACAAAUCAACUGAACCUCGACGUCCAGAGAUACAAUGGUGGAGUUGCAGGCCUCCCCUACGCGCUCCAGGUCCAGCAAGACGCAGUGCUCACCCACGAGCAGAUCGUCCUUGGAAUCACAGAGGCCAACAAUUCUGCGCCAUUCGGAGAGCCAGGCAGCUUCAACGUUGCCGGUGCAUUCCUCGACCUGUCGAAUACCGUCACACAGACCCUGCGGAACGUGUCCAGCAAGCAAGCCGCAUUCAAAGAUCUCAGGCCUAUCGUGCUUGCCAGUCUAUAUCAACUCCAGCAAGAUACAAGGGACUUCGGGGCUGCGUCAAUUGCCAAGCUUGCUGCUCUUGAGGCCGCAGCAGCACCAUUGGUUGUGCAGAAUCUGGUCAACGAGUUCAAUAAUGCUAUCAUGGCAUAUGGAGGAAAGGCAACAUGA